UCAAUCGUACAGCAAGACCAGAACAUGGUGGAUGGAUCAGCUAAUAGAAUAUCCGACAGAGAGGGAAAUGAAGCUUCAGAGAUAUAUACAAUCUUUACAUGAAGACCUACAAGUGGCUCAUGAGAACAAAGUAUCACUACAGGAGGCACUGGUUGAGGCCAAUAAACAAGUUAAAGGUGAUGAUGGCUCUGAUAUGAUUAGUAAAUUGAAAAUUAUGACAGAAUUACAAGAAAAGUUGAUUCAAGAGAACCAGAUUAUUGCUGAAGAUAAUCAGAAAAUUAGAGCUACAAUUGCUUACAAUGAAGUUUAUAUAACCGAAGUAGAAGAAGAGAAGAAAAGGAUAGAAGAAGAGAAAAGAAAAGUAGAGGAACAAUAUCUUAAAGAGAAACUCGUCACUAAAGAACUAAAAGCUAAAGUUGUCAUUAAUGAAGUAUCUGCAACUCAAAUAGAGCAAGAGAAGGAGCUAUUAGAAGAAAAAUAUCUCAAGGAGAGAGAGAUUACCAAAAAACUUAAAAAAGAAGCUGAGUUGUAUGCAACCAAACUAACAAAGGAGAAUUUACAACUACAAGAUAUUUCUGAGAAAAACAAAGUUAUAGCCAAACUGACAUCACAAGUAGAGGAACAAUCACAGAAUGAGAAACAGAUCAUUACUGACCUUAAAGAAAAGGACUUGCACAUAGCCAAACUAUUGAAGGAAAGACAAGAGAGAAGCAAAGUGACUAGUUCCAUUGGAUUACAAUUUAAUUACCUGAUCCCUUCAAUGGGAGGAGGAGGAGGUCAGCAGCAGCAAGGAGGAGGUGUAGUACCAGCUCAACAGCAACAAGGAGGAGAUGCACUGACAGUACUAAUCCAGCAACAGCAACCAGGAGCUAAUGAACAAACCAAUGGACAACAAGGAGAGGAGGGACAAGAAGGACAGGAGCAACAAGGGCAGCAUGAGGAAGGACAAGAAGAGCAAGGAGAAGGAGCUGAGGUACAAGGAGAAGGAGACCAGCCACAAGAAGAAGAGAUACAGACAGGACCAGUGGAAGGAGAGGAGCAGUCUGGGGAAGUGCAAGGAGAAGGAGGAAACCAACAAGGAGGAGAGGAACAGAGGGAGCCACUGGAACAAGGACUGGAACAACAACAGGAAGAAGGAGGAGGGAUACAGGAGGAAGAAGUAGUUCAUGAGGAAGGAGAGAAGGAUCCUGUGCAUAAUGAAGAAGCUACUCCUCCUCCUGCUGUGGCUUGUACUGAGUCUAGUUCUAAUAUUAAUACUGAUGUACAGAAGAGUAUGAAAUAUGCUGGACUGGUUUACUAUGAGGAGAAAGGUGUAGAGGAUCUAGUCACAUUCACUGCUGCUAAGAAACUGGAUGCACUCAUUCAAUUUAUUGAGCGGAAACACUCUCAAGCUGAUAUUGGACCGGAUAUUUCCUUUUGUUUCAAGUUUCCUUAUGAUCACAUUGAAUUGAACUUCACUGCACCCCAAGAUGAGCCAAUCACUGGUUGGAUGGUUAAACCUCACACCAAACCCAGCAGAUUAUAUCAAGAGGCUGUUGAUAAAUUUGGUGAAAAAGAGCAUUGUCGUCCUUCAUCUUGUCUUAUAUCAGUUUAUGGAUCACCUGAUGCUGUCCCUUUUCUUAAUUACUCUGUACCACUAGUAGGUGUAGUUGAGCCAGUGACUUUAAACAUUCACAGAGUACGGAGAAAUCCUCCUCCUUCAACAAAUCCUACUACCUCCUCUUUCUCCUCUAAUGUAGUACCUAGUUCAGUGUCAGUAUCAUCCACUGGAGGAGCUAAUCUUGCCAGUCAGUUAUAUGCAGCUCAUCUUAUUAGUGAUGAAGUCAGAGAGACUCGUAGCAUGGACAAGUUCAUUACAGAGUUCAAGGCUAGUCUUAGUUUUAUGAGGAAGUUACCUAAAGUGGAGGAGCACUGUCAAAAGUUCUUAAGCUCAUUCAUUGCUGUAAGAGGCAGUUAUGCUAAUGCAGCAGAAGCUUUUAGGUGA